AUGGCCAUGGUUUCCUCAUGGCUUUCCAUAAUUUUGUUGCUUUUCUUGUUCAUGACCGUCAUCGACAAAUCAACUUCAGUUAGAAAUCUUGGCAACCCAACUUCAAGUCAUCAUCAUCACCACAAGCAUCACAAAAUCUCGUUCCUUAUGCAAGAUUUGCUCAAUGUUACUCAACCUGCAACCACUAAAGUCACUGGUCAGCUUCCAUUUUCCAAGCCACUAGGCUUUUUUCCUCCUAAUGGAGGCAUCCCAAUUCCUGAAUCUGAUCCAAAAGUUGCAGGGUCUGGAUUGUCAACUCAAACGUUUGAUGUUUCCAACAUUGGGUUAUAUUUUCCUGCUAGAGCUACUCUUCAGGAACUGGAAUUUGGGGCAGUGAUGACAAUUGAUGAGAACUUGUUUGAUGGUUCAAUUAAUGGAUCACCACUUGGAAAAGCACAAGGUCUAUAUGUUGCAAGUUCAGAAGAUGGAACUAGUCAUAUGAUGGCUAUGACUACUUUUUUCGCAGAGAGUAAAUUUAAGGAUGGCUUAAGGUUUUUUGGUUUGCAUAGGAGAGAUGUAGCAGAGUCUCAUAUUGCUGUAAUUGGUGGCAUUGGGAAAUAUGUUGGUGCAAAUGGUUAUGCAACAGUUAAGGCUGUAGAAUUAAGGUCUAAUGCUGCUGCUGCAGAGAAACAAGGAGUCAACAAGCUUCUUUUGUUCAAUGUUUAUCUCAGUUAA